GGAGACUUGACAACUCAGUCACGUAAGUUCGCGAUCAAGCGGUAGUGUUUCGGCGUGACGUUGAUCGAUCGUGCUCUCGGUUCUGCGAACAUUUAUUUUCCCAUUACACUUCCAUGUGUCUGUCACUUCACCGGCGCCCGUUCCCAAUCUACGAAGUGAAAGAGUGAAAAUGAGUAAAAGACCCCAACGGCCGCAUUGAACGAAAAUCCAGUGAUAAGCGGGACGCGUACUCUUUACUUCCAUUUAUGAACAGAUGCGAUUUCGAUUGUGUGCACUGGUGAUCCUGUUGCAGUUUCUUGUAACAAUAUCAGCCAGAGAAAAGCGGAAAUGCAUCGGAGGACUCUGCAUACCACCGGAACUGUGCCGACCUGUGAAUACCAACGUGUACGACGAAAUCCAUCUGGACUUUUUCAGUUUCGAUCGUUCCAGCUCCGACGAAUGCCGACGCGGAAAUCUAAAAUGCUGCCCAUAUGAGCGAAUUGUGCGAGCACCGGACACCGAGGCACCCGACGAAAACGAGAUGGUCUGUGCCGCGAGAAACAACAACGGGGUUGGAAAUUUCAUCUACCACGACAAAUCGAAGGCUAAGUACGGUGAAUUUCCGUGGAUGGCAUUUGUGUACACCAUACAAGAGGACUACGAAAUUUAUCUCUGUGGUGGAACAUUGAUACAGUCCAAGGUUAUGCUCACAAUCGCUCACUGCAUAGAAGGCAAACGACCGGACCAGCUACGGGUUCGCUUCGGCGAAUGGGACCUGGAGGACAUGGUCGAGAUCUAUCCACCACAAGAUCGAGGCGUUCAAAAAGUGCUCAUUCAUCCUUACUUCUACGGUGAACUUUUACAGAAUGAUAUCGCGAUUCUGUUUAUUGAUGAUCACGUGUGGUUCACGGAGGUCGUUGGAACGGUCUGUCUUCCACCACAAAAUGCCAACUUCGACGACAGACGGUGCGUGUUCUCCGGGUGGGGAGAGGACAUCAACGGAAGGAAUUCAUCUAUUUUGAAAAGAACAAAGUUACCGAUCGUACCGCGUGGCCAGUGCCAGAAAGCUCUCCGAAAGCAGCUGAAUGAUCGAUACUUUCAGCUACACGAGGGGUUCCUCUGCGCCGGCGGUGAAUCCGGCAAGGAUGCCUGCCGGGGAGACGGAGGUUCACCGCUGGUGUGCAGGAUACCGAACUCGGAAAAUCAGUACUAUUUGGUAGGGAUUGUGGCAUUCGGAGCGGAGUGUGGGACACAAGGAGUGCCCGGUGUGUACGUAAAUGUUCCUUACUAUCGCGAUUGGAUUGACGGGGAGAUUGCGAAAAUGUAUCAUGUCGAUUUAUUUGUUAACUAAAUACAGAGUAGAAAUGUUAAGCAACGUUGCAUUGAUUUCAUCAUGAAUGAAUAUAAUAUCGUCGUAUUGUCGCUUAAGAAGUUAUAUUGAUAUCCACAUUCUAGUGCCCGUGGGUGAUGUAGCGAUGUAGAAAACUAAGCCUAAGACUUAAUUGCAAAAACUUACCGCCAAUUUUAAUAACCUGGACGAUUUUGCAUUAUAUGCGAUUCGAUAUGAGAAGCAGUAAUAUUUUCAAAAAAAAAUCCGUGAAAUUUUAGGUAACCUAAUUAUUGAGUUCAUUGGCAGAAUUGGGCGGCAUGCACAAAUGGUUACCGUAACCAAGUUCAUUGUUUAUUUUCAGUGUCCUUUGUACAUACAAAUUUACCACUCACACUAAUUUAGUACUACGUGAGAGGA